CAAGAGCAACGGCUAGUUCUCUACUUGGUUGUCCAGCCACACUUGAAUCAACACCAGGUAGCCAUAAAAUAGUAGGUACUGAUACCAGCGUGUAGGAAAGGACGAUAGGCGUAGCGAGGAUUGCGAAGGAGAUUCAUUACGUGGGAGCCGCUUGGCAUUUAACUUCCCUUGAAGCGCGGCGACGAUAAGUACGCUGUGCUGACGCGAAGAUCUCUUCUACGGUUAUCUUCAACUUUAAUAUCUUUCUCGCCUGUGCAACAACGUCCGCUGGAGCCUAGAGAGCUGAUUUUAUUGCCAGCGUACUUUUCAAAUUUCCCACAUUUUAUGUGAUUUUUGUUUGCAAAUAUUCCAACUACUAGUAUCGCUUUCUCCCUGGUUCCCGUUAGCCAUUACCCACAAAUGGCGUGCUGCAUUCCGCUGCGCGCCGAUGUGACAUCAUCAGCGAGACUCAGUCCUGCCUCCCAGGAAUACUGUCAACGUUCGUCGCAGCGUUCUUCGCGACCCUCGCAAUGCUCUUCGCAAACUUCGCGAACCUCAGUGCGAUCUUCGCAAAGCUCUCCGCUUCCCUUCCCACGGAACCGCUUCCACGCCUCCUUUGCUCUUUCGCGGUACACACCACUUAAUCCGCUAUUCAACGAGCCUCGUUAUACCUCUCCUAUUUCUCUAAAUAGUGCAUCCAGCAGCAGGACGUGCCGUUUAAGUUCAACCGCGCGACAUUCCCAAGGGCUCCACGACAAUGAUCGUACCCAAAUGUCUCCAGCCGCUCCCAUCCUUCCUUCAAAUUUUCGUGAUGUCACGGCUGUUAGAAGCCACAUCGUAAGCUCAAUCUCUCAGGCCAGAUCCUCCAAAAGCAGCAGCAGCCGCACCAGCAGCGGCAAUCGCCAGAGCAGCAACGAAAGCAACCGCAGCAGGAGCAGCAGCGGCGUGAAUGACGGCAAAGGCGGAAGCAACGCAGCAGGCACUGCCGAGAUUGGCUGGAGACAAUAUAUCGGCACCAUGGCAGCCGUCGUUCUGCUGGCGGUGGGACUCGUGUCCUUCCCCGUGGGCCAAGCACGGGCUUUAACGGAGGAGAACCUAGUGUUUCUAGAGGCGUGGAGGGUGGUGGACCGCGCGUACGUGGACAAGAGCUUCAACGGGCAGAGCUGGUUCCGAUACCGCGAGCAGGCGCUCAAGAAAGAGCCCAUGAACAACCGCGAGCAGACAUAUGCUGCGAUUCGCAAGAUGCUGGCCUCCCUAGACGACCCCUUCACGCGUUUCUUUGAGCCGGGCAAGUUCCGCUCGCUCAAGGCCGGCACGCAGGGCGAGCUCACAGGCGUGGGGCUCGAGCUGGGCUUCUCGCCGGACGGGAGGCAGCUCGUGGUGGUGGCGCCAGUGCCGGGGGGCCCAGCGGACAGGGCGGGCGUGGCUCCCAAGGACGUGAUUCUCAGAGUGGAUGGGGCGGCCGUGGAGGGACUUGGCCUGUACGACGCGGCGCAACGACUGCAGGGUCCUGCUGACUCUCAAGUCCAGCUCACAGUGCAACGGGGAGAGAUCAAGCCAGCCGUGCAGCAAAGGGGGAGGCAGCAGCAGCAGCAGAGUCAGCAGGAACAGCAGCAAGAGCUUACUUUCACCCUCACCCGCCAGAAGGUCUCCCUCAACCCCGUUAUCUUCCGAACCUGCGACCUCUCUCGGCAAGCCUCGGCAGUCCUCCUAACCUCAGGGGCUGGUUCGGCAGGCAGCUUCGGCAGCAAUACGAGCCUCGUUACCCGUACUGCGGACAGUGCUACUGGAGGUCUGGCUCUGGCAGGCGGCGAGGAGAAGGUUCGGGUGGGGUACAUCCGACUGACGACCUUCAACCAGAACUCAUCAAGCGCUUUAAAGCACGCCCUGCAGCAGCUGAGUGACGAGGGGGCCACGGCUUUCAUUCUGGACAUCCGCAACAACAGCGGAGGGCUCUUCCCAUCCGCCAUCGAGAUCGCCAAGAUGUGGUUAAACAAGGGCGUGCUGGUCUACAUCACGGACAGCCUCGGAGUGCGGGACGUGUAUGAGACCAACGGGGAGGGUGCCGUUGCCACCUCUCAACCUCUCGCUGUGCUGGUGAAUAAGGGCACAGCUAGUGCCAGUGAGAUCCUGGCAGGAGCAUUGAAGGACAACAACCGGGCUCUUGUCUUCGGAGAACCGACCUUCGGCAAGGGCAAGAUCCAAUCCGUGUUUGAGCUGUCGGACGGAUCAGGGCUUGCAGUGACCAUCGCUCGCUAUGAGACGCCCGACCACACCGACAUUGACAAGGUGGGUAUCCUGCCGGACUACCCCCUCCCAGAGGCAAUCCCAAUGGACCCGGAUCAGUUCUGCCAGUGCCUCUGCUCUGGCAGUCCCUCCAACGCUGCCAUUAGCAGCACUUCCUCCAAUGGUGCCAUUAGCAGCAAUGGUGCUGCCAACGGCGCUGCUACUUUUGAAUAUAAGGAUGCUGCUGCUGCCCCAGCUUGCUCCCUGCCCUCCUCCCUACUCUUCCCGCAGUCUUCGCUAGCAAAAUGACGUUCAACAGUUAUCAAAACCCGUUAUUCUGUCCUGUAGCCAACUUCUAGUUACAAUCAACAUUCUGUAUAAGCCAGAAAGCUACAAAACUUUUGAGCAAAUUUCAG